AUGAAAAAAUAAAACAGAAUAAAACAUUUGUUAAUUUAAUUAAAUUUAUCGGACUUUGAAUACAUGAGAACAACUCCUAAUAGCGUCAAAGAAACAGCCUCCAAAACUUCAACUCAGGAUUAUAAAAAAUAAUAAUCUCAACCUACUGUUAGCAUACCCGAAUCUAGUUAAUUAUUUCACAUUCCUUAAAAAUAUUGUCAUCAACGCUUCAAACCCUAGCCAACAAUAUCUAAAUCUAUUGAAGAGAAGAGAUGCAAGGUCAAUAAAAAUAAUCUGUCUGAAUUAAAUAAUCGCACAAAUAGUAGUUCAAAAAGUCGUAUUUCAGGCUUUACAAGCAAUCAAUUAGAAGAUGAUUCCAUGUAUAGUUCAUAGAAUGCCCUGAAAUUGAAGAAAAUAAUAGGUGAUUCAUAGGCAUAUUCUACCAAUCUAUUUGUUUCCAAAUCCAACUUAACUUGUGAUUCAUCCAGUCCAGGAGGAAGACAGAAUAAAUCAGCCUACAAAAAAUCAGUAGAUAUCGAUAUUAAUCAAUUGAAUAUGUUAAGAGAAAAAACAUUGAUGCAAAAAAGGGCUUAAUCCUAAUAGGUUAGUCAAUCGAAGGAAUUGAUAGAUUAAUUAUUAAAUCUAGACAAACAGAUUCAAGGUUCCACACUGGAAUAACAAAAAAAAUAGUAGUAUUUGAAGUAGAGAGGUUUAUGGGAUCCAUUUAAAGAUCUUUUUAUUAAACAAUUUGCUAGAACUCCAAUUUAAUUUAAGAGUGUGUUCAAUUAGUUGUAAGUCUAAGUGAGAGAAAUAGAACAAUAGUGGUCAGACAUCAUUAUGUCAAUAUCAAACAAUCUAUUUGAAUUAUUAUAAAAUUCUGCAAUUCUGAUGGUUUAUGAAUAGGAUUUAAAAUUAAAUGAACUAAUCGAGUAAAUGAGAAGGGAAAGAGAUAUUUGGUAAAAUAACUUUAGAUCUCUUGAGUAAGAGAGAGAUAUUCUCUUAGAAACAGUUUCUCAAUUAAAAUAAACCUUAGAAAAAGAGAGACCCUCUCCCUUUAAAUCAGAUAAAAAAUAAAUGGACCUUGAUUCUGCCAGUACUCCAUAGUUGAAAGAAAUGACAAUCCUAAUGUAACAAAAAAUUUAAGAAAUGUCUGAAAAAGAAUAAAAAUUAAUUAAAUUAGUAUUGGCAAUUCGCAGAACUGGAAUUGAUAUAGAGAAGAUUUAUAAUGAAGAAGUUUUGAAUGAUGACUCUUUGUCUGAACAAUAAAAUUAAUCUACUCGAGAAAAAAAAUGGCUGAUCCCCAAGAUUGAAAGAAGUUUUCAUGAUGCUGAUAAUUCAGUUGUAAAUGAUUCAGAUGAAUCUAGUUUUUAAUAUAAUGGAAGACUAGAUGAUGAAAGCAUCAUAGAAAGUAUUAGAAGGUUUGAAAACAGGAAUCAAAAUAGUAAUUAUGCUACAGAGAGUAAAAGUUCCGUCAAAAUGAAGAUAGAUUUAUCUAAAUGCAAUUAAUAACAGCAAAAAUUGCAAUAAUUAUAAUAGUUAUAGUAAUAACAACAAUAAAAAAAAAUCUAACAGUAAAUUUAAUAAUAAAAUCUGAAUAAAUUGAAAAUUCCAGAUCAAGAUGGAAUUGGAUUUCAUUAAGAAUUCAUGAUGAAAUUUAAUGAGUUUUCUGAAAGCUGGAGAGUGUAAGUUUUAAAAGAUGAAAAGAGAAACAAAUCAUGA